UUAAGUCCAUUAUUUUGACUUUGGGGAAUUGUUUAACUUCUACUAUUGCUGUGAGCGAAUUGUAAUCUUAAUGGCCGUUAACCAAUGACGAUGCUAUUUUGUAACAACUGUGGAGAGCGCAUUGCUGCUCAUGGUCAUGGUGAAGUUAUUUGUGAUGUCUGUGGUGUUGUUCAGCAGCAGUACACUCAGACAAUUGUCGAGGAAUUCACCGGUUCAUACUCUCAGACGCAACGUGUAGGUCGAUUGAAACCAGCGGAAUCUGUGAAAGAUGAUGCGCCGAAGCCUAGCGAGACCGAUUCUCGGGACUUUCAGGUAAUCAUGGGUAUGCAGAUGGUUCUAGAAAACUUAAGUAAGAUAUUGGUCAAGUCAUUUGGAUUUUCCAAUCAGGUUGAGGUUGAGGCCAAGAACAUUUGGUCGCGUUACCUUAAUUUAAUAAUGAAGAAUGAAAUCCCUAUUGGUAACAUGUUCGCUGACCUUUCAACUAAAAGGGACAAAGACUCUGUAGAAUCCAUAUAUUUCAAGCGAACUUUUCAGGUACCAAUGAAUUACGAGCAUUUCAACAUUCCCAAGCGUCUGCACAAAGUGAUUAGCGAUAUGGGAUGCACAAGUUUUGAAUACGCACUCAUGAUAAAUGCCCAUCGUAAGGCACGUUACAGGGAUGGCAAUGCGGUAGCUGGUACAUCAACUCAAUGGCAAGACAUUAAUGAAUACAAGGCCGUGGACCAAGAUAAAAAAAGAAGUGCACCUACAUAUGACAACAGUGAGGGCGUGGUUUCCUUGGAGGAUUCUGAUAUGCUUCCCAGUGAGAAGUCCAUGUUGGAUAAAGAAAAUGAGGUACCGUCUGGUAGCCCUGGCACUGCCACGGGGAUACCUAUCUACGUUAUGAUUGAGGCCAUAGGACGGCGCAAGCUGCCUACUACCAUUUGGGUUUCAAAAGUUCGUUUGAAACUCGAGAGUGGUAACCCCUACAAGUUGGCUUAUAAGAUGGACUCAAUUUAUCGCCACGACUUCUUGUGGAGACUUUUGUAUGCUUAUCCCACUUUGGAGCCCUUGGAAAAACUGGAACACUUUAUAGGUGCAUACUCAGACCUGGAAGAUGAUGAUACUAUAACCAUAAUUGAAUCAAAUCCACUUGAACUGGAGGUUCUCGUAGAUAUUGCGCGUUCUUUGGGCAUUACAGGUUGCACGGUAUUAUCACAAAGGGGUUUGGGGUCUAAAAAACGUUUGCGUAUGGAGGUAAUAAACUUGAUAUUUAAACAUAUUACCACUUAUUACUUUGGUGAUGAAGGCGACCCCGGUAUGCAAUCGUUUAACUUGUCGUGGAUAGUUCCGAAGAUGGAUUUGGAAUUGGUGUGCACAAUACUUUACCUUGCUCUGAUCAAGUGCAGAUAUCCAGUGGUGCUGAACGAUAUAGUCCGAUGGGUUCUUCAGGGGCGUAUUCCUGUACGUAGCAGUGCCUGUUUGCUACCACAGGUCAUCUUGAACGCUGCCGUUAGGGAGACGUAUUCAGGUGUAAGCAUUAGGAACGCACCUGGCACGCAGGUGGAAAUGUCAUAUAACUUGUUUACCAAUGCCAAGGUACCACAUAGUUCGAUCCACCUGGAGAAUAUUACAUCGCGGUUGGUGCUGUGCGGAAUGCUGAGCGACUUUGAGAGGAAUUCGAAUAUGCUAAAGUCUAGUUUCAACGUACAUGGACUCUGCAGGAGAAUCGUACACCACUUACGUCUGCCAACCAAUGUUAUUCCCGUAACUGAUAUGCUGAUUGAGCGUAUUAACAAUUUAUGUGCUACAGUUGACUAUGACAUGAUCAAGCUCCCCGUUGAUUGUGCUGAACACCAUUUAGGACGCAUGAAAUCCAUAUACGGGACAUCAAUGGGACUUUAUCCAUCCCAUGCUUUUGCAGCAGCAUGUGUUCUAGCUGCUUGUCGAUUGCUGUGGCCGAUUUUUCAUUUCAAUCCUCCAGCAUUACCCCGGAGGCAGUAUCCUGGCAAUACAGCCGUUGGUACAAUCGAAAAUGACAGAAUCCGCUAUUCAGACAGCAUGUUGGAGUCAUUCAUCAUUCGUAGAGAAAGGUAUGGUAAACCUAUUGAAUUCGAUGCUAUGAACAUGCGAUGGAUUGUGCGCGUAUCCAAGUACCCUGUGGAAGCCAUGUCACGUGAUGAUUGGCACAGCUACCUUCAAAAGGAUACUUCUUUGAACAGCGACGAGCUGUCCUUUUUACGCACGAUAGUGCAUAGUAUGUCUAAUGUACAAGGACCACUCAAUCGUCAGAUCAAUUCAGAUGCGCCUUUUACUCUUCGUCAUUAUGCUGAAGAAAUGCGAAGUCAGAACAGCGAUCCACCCAAUUUCUUUCAGGUACCGGAUGCCACAGAAACGCAUCAUACGACUACAAAGUAUAUUUUUGAUGCACGGCAUCGCGGUUACUAUAACGCAGGGCUCUCUGCAUUGUUGUGGCUAUUUCAUCAUUGUCCUUACAAGACUAUCGAGGUGUUGUCAAAGUACUACGUGCCAUCUGAUUGUUUAUCGCUGCGCCGCAUGGCGGCGGACAUGGCUCUAGUUUUGCGACCAUCUCUGCUUUCGCACAACUUGUUGCGUCUGUACGCCGGACUGACUCCUCCUGCAGGGAACGACAAGAUUAUUGCAGCAAAGUUGCAAGAUAAGCGCUUUAGGGACCUGUGUAUAAACAUGGCUGGCUUGUGGAGCGGUUCUUUAAUACAUAUGUUUGGCUUUGUGGAAAAAAUAAACCAAGGUGAGCCGAAAUUAUGCCCCGCCGCCACUCUCGAAGCUGGUUCGAACACCAAGAUGGUAUCAUCCGCAAUAAACUUCAUAAGACCGCUUCUACUAGAACAAACUGAGAAAAAUAAAGCAUACGGAGCGAUAACAGGCUCACUUCCAGGUAAUAACGAGAUCUACUUUAAAAUAACGUCCUUAUUCUCCCAGAAUCCGAAUUACUCUGGAUGGAACCCCGAAAAAUCUUUCGACUUGGACACUUAUCGAAGCUGUGUACCUAAUCAAAGAAACCAGCUGCUAGAAUGGGCUGCUGAGACUCUGGCAAUGAAAAUACACCUAAAGCAAAAUGAUGCGUGGUGCUUCAUCGCAGAACGUAUGGAAAAGGCACUAGUUCUACAGCAUGACGAAGAACUAUGGAAAGAAACUUGUCCGUUAAUAUCGCUUGAAGAGUCUUAUAAUGCUCUAUUGAGAAACAUAGAGAAUGGAUUUCAGGACAUGGGAACGGUGACCUCAGUUGGCCGUCUGUUGCCUCCGUUUCCAUGGCGUGACUAUAGAGCUCUUGGAGAGGAGAUGCCAAUGACGUAUGUGCUCAUGCUCAAGGCAGUCUCAAGAUUUAUAGGAGCACCUCUGGCACUAAUACACUCAUGCUUGUGCAACAUAGAACACAUACUUACAAAGUCAGAAUAAU